AGCGGAAGGUCCCGCCCCAGCCCCGCCUCCGCCCCGGCUCGCGCGAGCUGGGUGUUUCCUGCCUGCGUUAGUCCGGGUGUGGAGACUCCGGCGUCCUCCGACUUUUCAUGGAAGAGAUGUCAGGAGAAAGUGUGGUGAGCUCAGCGGUGCCAGCAGCUGCUACCCGCACCACUUCCUUCAAGGGCACAAGCCCCAGCUCCAAGUACGUGAAGCUGAAUGUGGGCGGAGCCCUCUACUACACUACCAUGCAGACGCUGACCAAGCAGGACACCAUGCUGAAAGCUAUGUUCAGUGGGCGCAUGGAAGUGCUCACCGACAGUGAAGGCUGGAUCCUCAUUGACCGGUGUGGGAAGCACUUUGGUACGAUACUCAACUACCUUCGUGAUGGGGCGGUCCCCUUGCCUGAGAGCCGCCGGGAGAUUGAGGAGCUGCUAGCAGAAGCCAAGUAUUACCUGGUCCAGGGCCUGGUGGAAGAGUGCCAGGCAGCCCUACAACAGAACAAAGAUACUUACGAGCCUUUCUGCAAAGUUCCUGUCAUCACCUCAUCCAAGGAAGAGCAAAAACUUAUAGCAACUUCAAAUAAGCCAGCCGUGAAGUUGCUCUACAACAGAAGUAACAACAAAUACUCAUAUACCAGUAAUUCUGACGACAAUAUGUUGAAAAACAUUGAACUGUUUGAUAAGCUGUCUCUGCGCUUUAAUGGAAGGGUCCUAUUCAUAAAGGAUGUCAUUGGGGAUGAAAUCUGCUGCUGGUCCUUUUAUGGUCAGGGACGCAAGAUCGCUGAAGUCUGUUGUACUUCCAUCGUUUAUGCCACUGAGAAGAAACAGACCAAGGUGGAGUUCCCCGAAGCCCGGAUUUAUGAGGAGACCUUAAAUAUCUUGCUGUAUGAGGCCCAGGAUGGCCGGGGACCUGACAACGCGCUCCUGGAGGCCACAGGCGGGGCAGCUGGGCGCUCGCACCACCUGGACGAGGACGACGAGCGGGAGCGGAUCGAGCGCGUGCGUCGGAUCCACAUCAAGCGCCCGGAUGACCGGGCUCAUCUCCACCAGUGAGCAGGCAGGUGGGACCCGAGCCACCCACCCGCCCGCCCUCCCUGCUGUGCUGCACCCAGAUCCUACGCAGGCUCCUGGGUAACUCCUCUUUCCCCUGGAGUCUGGAGAUUCUUUUGUAACAAGCCAGAUUAUUUUGGUAAUUCUUGACAAGGUGACAUGAUUCUGUCUUUACCCAGGUGAAUGCACCCGUCGUUGAACAAGGUGUAUCUAAGGUGUCUGCUUUUUGUGAGAACCUGAGAAUCCUUGGAGCCAGGAUUUCUUGGUUCUCAGAGGAAAAGUAUGAGUGGGUGUGAAGCGUACAUGAGAACUUUGGUUUGCAGUAUUUAUUUUUGUGGGUGUUAACUACCUAUUUGGGCUUCUUAGGGGACGCUCCCAUAGGAGUUCAGUUUGACAGUUCUGAGAGGGUUUUGCAGUUGGUGGCCUCAGGGGGGAUCUGUGAGCUGCUGAUUUCAUAACCAUCCAGCCCCAGUGAACUGGCUCCUGCCCUGUGUGCUGUGACCAGGCACAAUCUUCAUUGCUUUGCUGAAAGUGCAUUCUGCAACACGGUUUUGAGCCUAGAGCUUGUUGAUAAACAGUUACAAUUUGUAGCACUGGAGAUGUGACCAGACCAGCUCGAGCUUCGUGCCUCCGAAUAGCUGUUACUGGUGCAGCUUUGGAAGCGUAGCUCCGUUUAGGGGGAAGGCCUUGUGCCAGCAUGGCUGAUCCUUGGUCUAGUGCUUGCUGAGACCCCACACGUCCAGUUAGGAAUGGAGCUUUCCCUGGCAGUGACUGCUCAGCUCUGUUAAUGGCUUCUUAACCUUCUUCUUGCUCUCCUUGUUGAGCAACUACAUUCCAGGAAGGGCAUCUAACCUGGCCAUAGGGCUUCAUGGGAUCAUUUCUUCCUUUUGGCCUUCCUCCCCCUUAAGCUGGGCUUAUGCAGCAAGUGGAUGCCCUGCCCUUUGUUUAGAAAUUAGAUGGGACCCUGGACUCUUGCUCUCCCACCUGGCAUCCAGGCAAGGACAUGGACACCAGCCCCAGGGGAACUUGCCUGUCACAGGAAGCCACCCUACUAUCAACUCAGCCCUCACCGGGAGAGCACACUUCUUGCCUUUGCCUCUUAUAUUUAUACAUUGUAGCCAUCGGUUAACAGGUUGACAAGGAUGCGCAGAUAUCUUUGGGUCGAGUUAGUGUCCAUGUUGUAUUUGUUGAAGGAACAUGAAAGGGAUGUGAGAGACUGUUGCUGGAAGAUGUGUAUUUUGGGGGCCCGAGUGGCCUGUGCAGGAUGGAUGUUCACAGUUACCUACCUCCCCAUCUCCUGUGCACCUGGGAAGGGACAGAAGUGAGUUGUGACUAGAGUAGGUACAGUAGUUAGGAAGAGAUGCGAAUGUGUGUAAGGGAUGUGUUGGGAUGCGUUUUGUCUGCCUAUCAAGGGAAAUGUUACUGUUUUAUACCAAAGGUAUUCAUACAGACAGCCUUUGACACCAUGUAUUUUAAAAAACGAGUUUAUAUUUUGAAAUGGUUUUUACGGCUUGGACUUUGUAUACUCUGCCCUACCUAGACUGAAAUUCAGUUGUUUGCCUUUAUUUUGUAUCCAGCAGCAAAGCCUAUAAUAAAACUUUAAAACAAUCAUGACAAUCUAAAAAUCACAUAUUGGGUUGUAUGGGAAACUUUUAUAUUACGCCGUUUGGAUUUUAUUGAGUGCUAAGGAAAGGGAAAUUACAAAAUGUUUCAUAAAUAUUUUAUACUGUUUUAAGUUUUAAACACCAGCCCUGCUACUUGGGUUGAACUUUUGUAGAAAGUGAAUGUUAAUUCUGAUGUUUUCUCUAGGAAUGGAAAAGCCAUCAUACAAAUUGUUUCUUUAAAUGUUUGUUUGAAGAGUAAGUUUGUUUUGGCUUGCACCCCUUAUAAGCUAAUGCUUAUCUUUGCACCUGUAGUUAUUGUCUCUUUUGCCUCCCUGAGAUAUGGAUCAGUUUCACAGAACAUUCCAUGGUGAAUGAUGCUGACAGACAGCCUUGGCUGGUCCAAGCUGUUAUUGAAUAUACUCUACAAGGAACAGUGUUUUCUUAUAUUACUAAGAGUGAAAGUCAAUAUUUAUACUUAAGAACCAUCCAAGUAAGUAAAACUCUAGUCUAAGAUUUGGUAAAAAGUAGGAUUUUAUUACAUUGUAAUAGCUUACAAUUUUUUAAAAAAUGGAACAGCAUUUAAGCUUGGAUGUAAUUGAGUUUUGGCUCUCCUAGGACCUGCGGCGUGAACACCACUGGGCUCUCCUUCCCCUCGGUGUGUGCUGUCUCUCAGAAGUCACUGUAACCUGUCUCUUUGCGCUUAGAAAAAAAAAUGCAUGUUUUAGUAGUAGUCACUGAAUGUUGUAUAAGCACUUAUGGAAAUAAUAUGUAAAAUAAAAGUCAUAUAAAGCUUCUAUUUAAA